UUGCUGACUAUAAGGGGGAGGGAGUUUCUCAGAAGUGCUCUCCUUUCAUUUUCUUUUUACAUGCGCCGGCGAAACAAUAUGGCCAAGAAACUUGUUCUCUGCCUCUUAACCCUGUGCCUGGCAUUUGAUUUUAUUACUCCUGGACCAUUGCAUGAGAAUGUGUCUAUGUCUAUGACGCCCAGAGCACAUAAGAAACCUGGGCCAGUGAAAAGUAUUUUUAAGCGGAAUGUUAUUGGGUGUCGGAAUGAUACACAAUAUCAGUUUCAAGAUCUUUGCUGUGAUAGUUGUAAGCCCGGUUCCUUUGCUAAACGGAAAGGUUGCACAAAGGAAAAUCCUACAACUUUUUGUGAAAAAUGCAUAGAUGGGGAAGAGUAUAUGGAUAACUACAAUUAUCACCCUGAAUGUCUGCGAUGUGGUCACUGUGACACUCUCCAUGGUUUUGAAGUUGAAAAGAAUUGUACCAUCCACCAGAACAUAAAAUGUAGAUGUAGGUCUGGCUACUUCUGCAAUUCUUCUGAACCAUGCCGCCACUGUGAUCCAUGUGAUGAGUGUAAAGGUGGUAAAAUUCUAGAAAAUUGCACCCAAACCAAUAACACCAGAUGUGACAGAACAGAGAUUGUACAAGAUAAAACAGCUUCAAUUGUUGCAUCCGUUGUAGUCAUCAUAGUCAUCGUGGCGGCGAUUGUCAUUGGGGUAAAGUGGUAUGUGCGUAAAAAGAAGAAAACCGCAGAGGACAAUAACAAAGAGGAGCCAAAUGGAAUGCUGUCCUUAGAGGAAAUGGAGCCUCUCCGUUAUCCAGAUAUUGAUCUGCUCCCUCACAUUCCUGUUAUUGCAGAGGAGAUGCGGCACUCAGAAGUCAUGACUUUUGUUCGGAGACUGAAUGUGACGUCCAAUCGCAUAGAUGUGAUCAUGAAGGAUAAUCCAAAUGAUGGUGCUGAGCAGAAAAUAAAGCUGUUGGAAUGUUGGUACCAAGAACAUGGGAUGAAAGAUGCUUAUAAGACUUUGAUCACCACACUGAGAGACCUUCGCUUUCGUGCCACUGCUGAUAAGAUUGAACAAAAAAUAAAUGGUGCAAGAAAAUAGCAAUCAGGCUCCUUCCUGAUCACUGGUUUAUAUACAUUCAGUUGAUCUUCUGCUCACCUCAUGCUUUCGUUGGUGUCAUCAAAUAGCAGAUUGGCUACAAAGUGUAUGACUUCAUUCUGUUCUCUUAAUCCAGUGUUUCUCAAUGAGGGGUGCAUGAGGAUCUAAAGGGAAGGAGGGUAUGAGUGCUUCCAUGAUAUUUAAAUUCUUUAGAAGUUCAAAUGAAAUAAAGGAGCCUCGUUUGAAGAGGAGCAUGAGAUUUGUAUAGCAGAGAAAAGGAGGCAUGGAUUAAAAAAAAGAUUGAGUUAAUUCUUCAAUGAAUGGGAUCACACUAAUUCAGGAAAACAAAGCAAAUAAUCAUGAAAUCUUUCUUCUUUCGCUGGCAGAAAAAGAAAAUUGAUUUGUCAACCCAAAAUUCAAAAUUUGGGAAUAUUCAGCACAGCUCUCUUUCUAAAGUGCUGAAACAAUACUGUUUGCAGACCAGCACUGUUUAUGUGUUUGUUUAUCACUGCAAGAGAGUGGGUCUUUUCAUUGGUGGCACCCUGGCUGUGUCAUGCCCUGCCCAGAGUGGCUUGGCUGCUUGGUGCCUGCCUUGGAGUGAAUUUAGUGCUAGUCAAAAACCUUAAUAUUAUUUUCUAGGCCUUUUAAUCUGUUUUAGCUUUAAGCUACUUUUGCUUUCUGUGACUGCAUUGAUACUUCUUUGUUUUUAUUGUUAUUGAAUUUCACAUGGUUUUAUUUCUCCUUGUAAGUCACCCAAGAAUGCUGUUGCAGCCUAUAAAAUCGGUUCAGCCUGUAAAUAUGUAAAUAAACAGUUUAUUUUAAAAGGUA